AUGUUCGCUACCACUGCUGGAUCAAAGAUGCUCUACACCAGUGCCGCUGCCUGGGCAACCUGCACUGGCUUCGCCGCCUUCUGGAUCGCUCUCAGGAUGCCGAUUCAGCAUGACAAGGCUGGACCUUACAACUAUAACAGACUUGUAAGGCGAGGUGCUCGCUUCACUGAGCGUGUCCCAUGGAGACGUCUGCCCAAGAUGGUCUAA